AUGCCACUAGAAGAAGUUAAUGUUAACUGCAGUGAUUUACUAAGCGUGAAGGAGAAUUUAACAAUCCAGAAGACAGAACCACCAUGUGGUACUUAUGAAACGGCUACUACUACUGUGAGAUACGAAUCAAAUGGCGAGAUUUUGUUGGCUGAAAAUCCAAAUCGUUUUGUUAUAUUCCCUAUCAAGUUUCAUGACAUUUGGGAUUUUUAUAAGAAAGCCUUAGCAUCAUUUUGGACCGUUGAUGAGGUUGAUCUUAGUAAAGAUUAUCGCGAUUGGGAGAAUUUGAAUGAUGGAGAGCGUCAUUUCAUCUCAAGAGUUCUGGCAUUUUUUGCCGCCUCAGAUGGUAUUGUUAACGAAAACCUGGUAAAUCGUUUCUCACAGGAAGUUCAAGUACCAGAAGCACGGUUUUUCUACGGUUUUCAAAUUAUGAUCGAAAAUAUUCAUUCUGAAAUGUACUCCAAAAUGAUUGAUACGUAUAUUCGUGAUCAAAAACAAAAGUCUCUCUUGUUCAAUGCAAUUUAUGAAUUCGAAUUCGUGAAAAAGAAAGCUGAUUGGGCAUUGUGUUGGAUUGCUGAUAUAAAUGCUUCCUACGCGGAGCGACUGAUAGCAUUUGCUGCUGUUGAGGGAAUAUUUUUCUCUGGAAGUUUCGCCGCAAUAUUUUGGUUGAAAAAGCGCGGCUUAAUGCCUGGUUUGACGCAUAGCAAUGAGCUGAUCUCAAGAGACGAAGGCUUGCAUCGCGAUUUCGCCUGUCUGUUAUACACCUAUAUCAAAAAUAAGCCAUCGGAAGAAAGGAUUUAUCAGAUUAUUCGCGAAGCAGUUGAUAUUGAAAAAGAGUACUUAACGGAAGCAUUACCGGUUGACCUGAUCGGUAUAAACUGCAAGUUGAUGUGUCAAUAUAUUGAAUAUGUAGCUGAUCAUUUACUAACAGAACUCCAUUGUGCAAAGAUCUAUCAUUCGGAUAACCCAUUUGAUUUCAUGGAGCGUAUAUCGAUCGAAGCGAAAACUAAUUUUUUCGAAAAACGUGUCAGCGAGUACCAGAAAGCUGGUGUUUUAAGUAGCGAAGAGGGAAAAAGUUUCAACUUAGAUUCAGAUUUCUGA